AUGGACGCAUCUACGUCAGGUGGACUGUAUGCAUGCGACAGCGACUAUUGCACAUGGUCAACUGCCUCGUCUGAAGACGACCCCGAAUUACGACGUCUUGCUUCAGAUACAGAUUCGACUGGAAGUGGUGAUAAUUUACGAAUUAAGCAGGACGGUCAUUGCCCGAACUGCUUCAAUAUUAUACACGAGGGAGUGAUACUGGACUGUGGACACUGGUUAUGCAGUGACUGUAACGACUGCCUAACUGAAUUGUGCAACAAUGAGAGGCGCUCGUCACGACGUCGUCGUAUCCGCAUGGGUGUCACGGCCGGAUAUUGCUCGCCGAGAGCCUUUCCGCUUAGCACACCCUCUAAAUCCCCUCUUUAUUCGGAUCGCAACGAAAAUAUCCCUGUCUAUUCGAGUCCACGUUGCCCACUCUGCGGUGAACCGCCUAAAUUGAUACCACCGAAACGCUACAACCGUGUUGACGAUUUGUUAUCAGAGGAUAUGCAUUCUGAAACGAUCAUCGAAAAUCCGCUUUAUAGCGGUACAACUAAAUGCUACGAUAAUGCGGCCUUUGACGAAAUGAACAUUGCUCGCUACAGAAACCAGACAAUAUCCACCAUCAAUCAUUACACCCAAUUCAACACUCAUUUCAGUGUCGAUAGAACAACCGAACAAAUUAUCAAUGAUGCUAAAAUAAUCACAUGCCAUAUUGCGAUUCUAGGAGCAAGAAGAAGCGGUAAAAGCUGCUUGGCUAAAAGACAAUUUUUGAACGAAGUUUUCUUCGGUGAAAAUGACGACGAAAUAAACUCGUUUGGUAGCAGCAUGGAGAGAAGGCUAUCUUCAUUGAGUUCCGAUCGAAGUUGUGAGGGCAUUCGAUCACGUUUCAUGAUCGAGAUAAUUGACACCGAUGAUCUUCAUUCGAAUAUGUCAACGGCUGACGCGUUCAUGCUCAUCUACAGCGUUACCGACAGGAAUUCUCUCUUUGAGGCGAUCAAUCUUCAUCAGCGCGUGCUGAAGACACGCGGCGACGAAAUGCCAAUGGUGAUUGUCGGUACGAAGGCUGAUGUGGACAAGAAAUUGUGGCAGGUUUCAUCGUAUGAAGGCCAAUCAUUUGCCAGAUAUGUUGGAUGCCCGUUCGUUGAGGUUUCAGCAAAGAAUAACGACCGCGUCCAUCAGGUUUACCACUUAAUCCGACUCUCUUACUAUUCGUUACAUCCGAGCUUCAAACUAAAAUAUAUUGAUUGA